AAUGAACGCCGGAUAAACACGCACCACCCGGCCAGGCCCCAACCCAGAAAUCUACCUCGUCCCGUCAUUCGCACAUCGCACCCUCUUUCUUUCUUUCUUUCUUUCAUCUGCGGUCACCGUGGUAAAUAAUCGGCAUUAAGGAGGUGUUCGGAGCUUCAAAUUAGGGUUUCUCAAUCUCGCUAACUCAGGUAUCCGUGAUCUUUUCGAUUUUUUACAUAAUUGAAUUCUAUAAUUGUUGCUAGUAGUUCCAAAUUGUCCUCCCUAGGGUUUGUUUUUGUUACGAUUCCAAUCAAAACCCUAAAUUUUCAAUUUAUUUUUCAAUUCUGUCAAAAAUUCAAUGGGAAAGAACGAAUUCUUAACUCCUAAAGCUAUCGCAAACCGAAUCAAAGCGAAAGGUCUCCAGAAACUGCGAUGGUACUGUCAGAUGUGUCAAAAGCAAUGCCGAGACGAGAAUGGAUUCAAGUGUCAUUGUAUGAGCGAGUCUCACCAGAGGCAAAUGGAGAUUUUCGGGCAAAACCCGGAUCGUAUUGUGGAUGGAUAUUCGGAGGAAUUCGAAAGUAUGUUUCUUGAGCAUAUGAAAAGGAGCCAUAGGUUUAGUAGGAUUGCUGCAACUGUGGUUUACAAUGAGUAUAUAGCUGAAAGGCAUCACGUUCAUAUGAAUUCUACCAAGUGGUUGAGUUUGACGGAGUUUGUCAAGUAUUUGGGCAGGACAGGGAAGUGUAAGGUGGAUGAGACACCAAAGGGGUGGUUUAUAAGUUAUAUUGAUAAUGAUUCUGAGACUCUUUUUAAGGACAGGAUGAAGAAUAAGCGGAUUAGGGCCGAUUUGGUGGAGGAUGAGAAGAAGGAGAGGGAGAUUUUGAAGCAGAUUGAGCGGGCGGAACAGUUGAUGCCUAUUGUGGAAAAUGAGCAGGAGGGUGAAAAGGAGAGGGCCGAGGAAAAGGAAAUGGUGGGCGGAAAAGUUGCUUUUGCACUUGGUGGUGGGUUGUCAAAAGCUGGGGGUUUAGGGAUUGGGAAGGAGAAAGGGGAGGGUUCCAGGGUUGUGUUUGAGGAUGCCGUUGAGGGUGAAAAAGAGAAAAAGAGAGCUAAACAUAGUGAUGGUAAUUCGGUUGGUAAAUCGGCUAUAGAGGAAUUGAUUAAAGAGGAUGAGAGAGUUAAGGAACGUCAAAAUAGGAAGGAUUAUUGGCUGGUUGAGGGGAUUGUAGUCAAGGUUAUGAGCAAGAAAUUGGCGGAAAAAGGUUACUAUAAGAAGAAAGGGGUUGUGAAGAAAGUUAUAGAGAAAUAUGUAGGAGAAAUCGAGAUGCUUGACACCAAACAUGUGCUUAGAGUGGACCAAGCAGAGCUUGAAACAGUGAUUCCACAAAUUGGCGGUUUGGUGAGGAUAGUUAAUGGGGCUUAUCGAGGAUCAAAAGCUAAGUUGCUCUCCAUCAAUACUGACAGAUAUUGUGCUAAGGUCCAGAUAGAGAAGGGUGUAUAUGAUGGAAGAGUUCUCCAAGCUGUGGACUACGAAGACAUCUGCAAACUUGUUUAGUGAUGAUGGGAUUGUGCCAAAUAUUAGCAUAUCAAGACUUAUUCAGAAAUUAGAAUCUGCUGGCUAGCCAUCUCAUCUUUAUAUUGUAUUGCUGAAUUUGCUGGUUGAUUUUAUCUUACACAUUAGCAAUUGUAUUUUCCUUUGCCAUCAUUCAUGAAGAAACCCCCUCUUCUCCUAAUUUUCUCAGAGCGUGUGCCUUGAACAGUGGAUUUUGUGAUAGAUGUGGCGUUUCGUACAUGAAUUUAUAUGUUCAUUUCUCAGAAAUUAUAGUGUCCAAAUUUUGAGUAUGCUUCUAA